AUGGAUGCAGUUACUUUAACAUUACGACCAGCUGAGGCUGAUGACUUCGAUGAAAUAGUGAAACUUUCAGAGGGAAUUUUCACAGGACAUGAUUAUCUUCCGUUAACAUUCCACCAGUGGCUUCAAAGGGACAACAUAGUUGUUAUACUUGCCCAUUGUGGCGUCAGACUCGUCGGAUUAGAGGCUUACUUCGUAGUAGAUGAUGGCCGCACUUUAAUUCAUCGAGCGGGACGCGUUCAUCCAGAUUAUCGAGGUCAAGGUAUUUACAAACAGGUCGGCGAGUACUCCAUUAAACACGCAAAAGAGCAUUAUCCUAAUUUACAAAGAGAGCGGUUUACUUCCAUUCGUGACACUGAAAUUCCAGAUCCGAGGAAACUUUUCGAGUUGCAUAUAGAAGGGUAUCACGUUGGGAAGGAAUUCUGUGACAAACUAAAGGCAACAGCCUUGACAAAUUCGAUGGAGAUCAAGACUUGUGCACCUGAUUAUUUCGCCAAUAUUAUUGAAUCUUUACCAGCCAGGCUGUUCACGGGGAAUUCUAUUUUCCUCAGUAACUGGUGCCCUUUCGAGAGACUUCGAUCCAAUGUUGAUCACAUUUUACGAGAAAGUACUGGACUCUAUGUGGAGAAAUGUGAUGACAACGUUAUUCCUAAUUCUCUUGGUGUUGGCACGCUUUCCCUGAGGGUGAAAUACAUUGAAUGGAUCGCAGAGGUUUAUGCCGAUUCUCCAGAUCUUUUUCAAGCUCACAUCGUGCAUCAACUCAAGCGUGCUUGUGAAUUAAUUAACGACGAUUUUAUUUUUACAUUUACGAUGCAAGACGAGAGUUUAAGUUCGCUUGCAAGGAUCAUCAUGAAGGACCAACUAAAGUUCAAAACGGCUGACUUCUAUCAUAAUAGGACACUGAGAGUCUAUGAGACGGACAUAACCGCAAAAUCCCACCGUUAAAAUGCCCCACUCACCCUAUCCUGCUUUAAGACAUUUCAAACCUGCUUUGCAGACUUGUCGCCAGUCUUCAUUCUCCUCUUUUGCGCCAGUGAGUGCCGAUUGCGUUGCAUUGUGAUAGCGUUAUUAUCAAUAUAGCCGAGAAAUCGGCAGAUUUUGACUGAAUAUUCCAUAAAAGUUAGGCCGUUCCUUUUUCCUUUCACCAUACGUACAUGAAAUUUGAUUGAUUAUGAUUGUGUAGAAGUAUUUUUUGUACGUAUUUGUCGCGUAUUUUAUGGUUCCCAAGGACAAACGCAAUCACUGUUUUUUAGUAUUUACUCUGAAAAACUUGAGACCAGUUUUCGAGAGGGUCAAAUAUGAUGUACGUUGUAAAAAAGAAGACAAAGUUGGGAAGAUUUUGUUCUUUAAUUUGAAGACCUAUCAUAUCACUCUCACUGAUUGUAGUAGACUGACUGACAAACACUUUUCUAUAUCCGAAAAGGUUUCUCUUGCUACCUUUAAAACUAAACCUGACUAGUCAACAAGGCAAUUUCCACCAUUCAUUCAUUGUCAAGUUAUAGUUCAACGUAAAGUAUACAAAUACUUUUGAAUUCACUCUCUGUGAUAAGUCUGUUAACUCCUCUACUGUUCUUUAUUUUGAUUAAGUUGUUCAGUUCAAGUUCAAAUUCAAAAUUAAAAAUACUCGUUAAGUUCACUUUUAGACUGUGAUAAUUUUCGUAACUGCUCUUCUAAAAUUUCCAUUAAUAACCAAUUCUGUCCUUACCACAGUCUUUCAGGUUUGUACAACAAUUUAUCACAUACCCCAACAAACCUAUCAUAAAACAAACUACGCGUGGUUCCUCAUGAAAUGACGAACCAAAGCCAAGCUAAUCUAACGGCACCCUUUUCAAAAGUAAACAUAUGCAAAUGUUCUAGACAACAUCUUUGUUCCUGUGGCCUACCCAAAUUCUUUAGCUUCGCAUGUACCUCAACACCUUCGGGAUGGCCCACAAUGUCAACCUUUCCUAAAUACCUUAACACGAACGCACUCAUAAUCUGCGAUUAUUUCUAGUAAUAACAAUAGUGUUUCAGAUCGGUUAUAUCCGCCAAAGGCCUAUCGUUGUGUUUAGUGUAUUACGUUACACAGCGUUACUAAUGAAAGGACAUUUCCCAUAAAUACUCGGCUGUGUUGUAAAUCUACUAUUGUACGUACAAGCAAAUUAACUAAUCAAGAGUAUUGUAAAUCUGCUAUCAUUGAAUGAAGGACAUUUCAAUCAGAAUAGUAAAAGGAAUCACUUGACCAACAGAUAACUCUACAUUGCGCAAGGCGACACGCCGGGGUAGGCCGGAAACCAAAAGGCAGUCAACCUUUAAAGGUGUUGAUGGCUUGUGCGACUUCUGCCAUUCUCUGGCGCUUUGAAAUCUUCUGUCCUCAAAGUUUAACUGCUAUAAGGAUAUCUUGCCGAUUUUUCUUUGCGAUGUGAUAGUAAAAGUUAGUUUUAAAGUGUCUGUAUGUUCUUGAGGUUCGUCAAAGCUGGAUGAGAUUGUGUUACGAAAGGCAAUAUAAAUUUUUCUCUGUGUGUUUCUGUUGUUAUUAAGUAUGUUUUCUUUCCCGCAGAAAAAGUCUUCGAAGAUACAAUUGUCAAAACCUCCAUAGAGGAAUCCUCUUUUCAUCAAGCAUAUUUUGAACUCUUUAAGUUUGGACAUGGUUUGAUGCUACUCUGGUUUAAAGAUUUAAUGAAUGUAACCGAGAAGUUACAAUUCAUAGACCCAACGUUUCGACACUCCUGUCUGGUGUCUUCUCCAGGGGUGAUCUAAACGCUGCAACAAGAAGUCGUUUUAUACGCCCACUAAUUAGCUACCCUUUUUUCGGACGAGGUGUAAAUAGGCGUCAGGAAGUAAACCGCCAUGAUCACGAUUCAAAGGAGCGUGGGCGGAGUUGAUAUGGCAGGCUUCCAAACAAAGGCCCCGUUGGUAACGCCAAUUAGUGGUGAUAAUUUUGGAUUUAUCCCACCCAAUUGUAUGGUUGGUCAGGCAUGUGUACUCCGAUACAGCUGAAUUUUCUUUUUUGCAAAAGAAGACCGCUUUUUUAUGAUCUUUCAAACGUGUCCAAACUGACUUUUAGUCUGUCCGAUAGACUCGUUAUCACAGUCAUUGCGCGGAAUAGAAUAAAUAGCGUCGGUUCGUUGUUCUUUGGAGACAGGAUCCUUAGGUUUGGCAACUUCCUGACGCCUAUCUACACCUCGUCAGAAAAAAGGGCAUGUUGCAGCGUUUAGAUCACCCCUGAAGAAGGCACUAGACAGGAGUGUCGAAACGUUGGGUCUAUGAAUUGUAACUUCUCGGUUACAUUCAUUAAAUCUUUAAACCUCCACUUGAACUUUCAUGUAAGUUUGUUAUUAAACAUAGAGCGUGACGAAUUCGUUCUAAGCAGGCGAAGGGCCUCUUCUUUUACGAAUUCCGUAUUUACGCCAAGUAGAUGACAAGAAAAAAUGUUCGUGUAAUUGAAGGUCUCUGUCUCUUUAUGAUGCGUUUAAUUUAUAACUCGCGUCUAGGAAUGUAACCUCUGAAUUUGAUAUUAUUGACGUUGUUCACACAGCCAUUAGCUGUGAGUGUAACUGCUACCAUUUGUGUAGAUUGUUAGGCAAGACUGCACUUUCGAUUCUUUCUGGAUCUCGUCGUCCCGGAGGAAUGACAGGAGUCGCACAGGCCCGUAAAUACGUUUUAACUUUCGGCAACCUUGAGCCCAGGGUCAAAUUAUAUCAUUGCUUUGCUUCUCUUUUUCUCUUGAUAUUUAGGAGGGAUGUGGGUAUUUGAUUCAUAUGCAUGUGUUUUCAGUAAACUCAGUAAGGGAAGGUACGUUUUUUCUUGGGGGGGAGGGCUGGGGAAUUUUGGUAUUUUUUCCAAAAGAAAGUGUUGGCCCUCCCUCAUGUUUUGAUUAAAAAACUCCUGACCCACCUCCCACUUUUAGGUGACUGACAAAAGUGUGACCCUCCCCUCACUACCACAUGGUAUGCUCCAUGCCAUAGAAAUCUUAGAACAUUUUUCGACAUUUUGCUUGUAAACGCAAAAUGUUUGAAUAUGAAUAAAUCUCGAUAUUGAAUAUGUGCGCGCUGAAACAAGAAAAUGCGAACGAUCAGUGUGGGAUCCGGGCUUUACUUUUUUUUAUAUAGAUGAAGUUUGAAUAUGGAAGUAUAAAUUCGAGGAAUUAAAAAGCUUUGAACGUAGAAGGGAAAAUACACGCGUUUCUUUCUCCGACAAUUCAGCAUUACCGAUUGUUAUUAAAUUUAAUCAGGUUUGUUUGUUUGUUUGUUUAGCCUGCAGUGGCUCGUAACAAAUAUUUUCUGCUGUAGGAAAAUAAAACUUCUGCCAUAUAACUGAAGGAUCAUUAUUAACGAUACGAUACGGAAAAGGACACGAGUACUCCGAGAAAAUUAUGUGCCAUGGAAUAAUAUACAUGUAGACACCCAGUAACCUUGUAAAACUAGUACCUGCACCGAAUUAAAAGAAACAAGUUGAAAAGAAAAAAACUUAGUCUGUUAAAGAAAAAUGGAAAAUAACAUCACAAAAAUCCCCAUUAAAAAUUCUGGAAAAGGUGUGACCCUCCCCUUGAAUAGCUGAAAAAGGGGGUAUGGCCUCCCCCUUUGGUGCUCACUUUCACUGAUGACCCUCCCCCCUGAGGCCCCACCCCCCCCCCCAAGAAAAAACGUACCUUCCCUAAACAGAUUCUCUCAGUUUUCUGCUCUUGUUCCUCAGACAUUUCAGAGUUCGUACGGGUAUUCUAUUGGGUUCUCGAUCACGUCUAAAUACACGAUAAUGUCUCUGUAGCUUAACAGUAAAUCGAUGAUUUGAUAUUGCAUAACCCUCGAUAGAACGUUCACUCAUAAUACUUCGCUCGUAAAUUGAUCUCUCAUAAAGUUCAGCGACCCUUAGGUAGAUGUUAUUUUUCGAAUGUUGAUUUGGUUAUUCAGUUUUUAGAAGAACAAACUUUCCUUUCUUUGUUUGUCUGACCUUCCAUGAAAAGUGUUUCAUUACAAUUGAUUUUCCUUUAACCGACUCUGAACUGCUUUAUUUUCAAUACAAAGUUAGGACUGCAGCUUACCUUUCUGCCGGAAUCCUUUGGAGCUUUGAACAAAGUGAACUUCGUUUUCGUUUGUAAUUCGUGGCUUCGACUAAUUCUUUUAACGUUCUCAAAAUCUUAGACGUAGCCAAUUGGCAGAAAUCGUAGAAUCAAAAUUUCCCGCCAUUUUUCGACAACGCGGCAGUUUUCGUCAUCACAUCGAGACAGUCCAUUCAGUUCACGGUUGAUUUUUAGCUUUUCAACUUCCGGUAAAUUCGUGCCAUCCGAAAGUUUUCGUAACGCAACACCCAAAGCCGUGACUACCUUCUGGACGAUAUUACUUUGACGCGACCUAGGAUCUGGGGUCGUAUCAAGUCUUAUUCUCUAAUCGUAUGCCGACGUUCGCCAUGGAUGCAGUUACUUUAACAUUACGACCAGCUGAUGCUGAUGACUUCGAUGAAAUAGUGAAACUUUCAGAGGGAAUUUACGCAGGACAUGGUUAUCUUCCGUUGAUAUUCCACCAGUGGCUUCAGAGGGACAACGUAGUUGGAUUAAGGGCAAACUUCGUAGUAGAUGACGGCCGCACUUUGAUUCAUCGAGCGGGACGCGUUCAUCUAGAUUAUCGAGGUCAAGGUAUUUUCAAACAGGUCGGCGAGUACUCCAUCAAACAUGCAAAAGAGCAUUAUCCUAAUCUACAAAGAAAGCGGUUUACUUCCAUUGGUGACACUGAAAUUCCGGAUCCGAGGAAACUUUCCGAGUUGCAUGUAGAAGCGUAUCACGUUGGGAAAGAAUUCUGUGACAAACUAAAGGCAACAGUCUUGACAAAUUCGAUGGAGAUCAAGACUUGUGCACCUGAUUAUUUCGCCAAUAUUAUUGAAUCUUUACCAGCCAGGCUGUUCACGAGGAACUCUAUUUUCCUAAGUAACUGGUGCCCUUUCGAAAGACUACGAUCCAAUGUUGAUCACAUUUUACGAGAAAGUACUGAACUCUAUGUCAGGGUCGUAACAAGGUAUAUGAGAUCAGGGAUCACAGCCCCGGGAUCUGGGACACAACACUUGGGAUCGGGAUCAGCAGUGUUUUAGUGGAAUCAGGGAUCAAAAUUGUGAACGCUUUUGGGAUCAGGGAUCAAAAUUCCCAAUGUUUUUGGGAUCAGGGAUUAAAAUUCUCAACGUUUUUGUGAUCAGGGAUCCAAAUUUGGGGCAAAAAUACAGGAUCAGUUAUGAAAAAAUAUACCUUGUUACGACCCUGCUAUGUGGAGAAAUGUGAUGACGACGUUAUUCCUAAUUCUCUUGGUGUUGGCGCGCUUUCCCCGAGGGUGAAAUAUAAGCAAUGGGUCGCUGAGGUUUAUACCGAUUCUCCAGAUCUUUUUCAAGCUCACAUCGUGCAUCAACUCAAGCGUGCUUGUGAAUUAAUUAACGACGAUUUUAUUUUUACAUUUACGAUGCAAGACGAGAGUUUAAGUUCGCUCGUAAGGAUCAUCAUGAAGGACCAACUAAAGUUCAAAACGGCUGACUUCUAUCAUAAUAGGACACUGAGAGUCUAUGAGACGGACAUAACCGCAAAAUCCCACCGUUAA